GUUGUAGCUAUCAAACAGCAUGGCAUGUCUCCGUUAGUUAGCGUGUGGGCAAGCUAGCUUAGUUUGCUUAGUGUGGACAACUAUUGCGUCGUUACACAAGCCGUCUUUGUAUCCAGUAUAAUCUAGAGCAGAAGCGAAUUUAUAUCUGAAAUCCCAGCAAAUGUGUCGAAGUUGCCAUAUGUUACGGAAUUUUCUUGCCGUUGUAAGGCAGGUGACGCAAACCCUGACGCGAUACGUUCAGUCCUAAGCAAUGAGAUAACGGUACUGUGCGGUCCAUGUGCAUGAGAGAGGCGCCAAGAUGAAAAAUACCUAGCCAACUGCUGUUACGCAUUUAUAGCAACUGUUUUCUUCUAGCAUUUUCAGUAUCGUGUGUAUGACGUCUUGUCUUUCACAUCAUGCUGUGUAAUACUGCGUGCUCGCCACUAGCGUCUCGUUAAAAUGUUACUGGAUUUCCUCAACAACCUUAACAACCUUUGAUUAUUCCAUUCCAAGUACAGCGAAGAUAUACUCAGGCUACCGGUGGAAUCUAUUCAGGAUGAAGAGCCCGCACAGGCAAGAGUGCAAAAGGAUGCUGUGGUUACCAUGGCAAUGCUGGACCACGCACACACAGCUGUGACCUCUGCUCCACGUCUCCCCCCAACCGAUGACCUCUGCUGCCACCCACCAUGGCCGCUCCGAGGAAGUACUUGGUCCGAGACUUUAACCGCUACAUCACCUGCUUCCUGUGCAGAGGUUAUCUGAUCAAGCCCACCACGGUCACUGAAUGCCUGCAUACCUUUUGUAAGAGCUGUAUUGUCCAGCACUUUGAGGAGAGCAAUGAAUGCCCACAGUGUGGCAUACAAGUGCAUGAGACCAACCCGUUAGAGAUGCUAAGGCUGGAUAAAACACUCGAGGAAAUCAUAUUCAAACUUGUGCCUGACCUGAGAGAGAAGGAAGAACAGCAGGAGGUUGACUUCUGGAGGAAAACAAAGUCAAAAGGGAACGGAGAAGAUGGUCCCUUGCCUAAGAGAGCAAGACUGGGCGAUGAUGAUGAUGGUGAUGAAGAUGGCAGUGAACGAGGUGGAGACUAUCAUAGGAGUGAUCCUCAGAUUGCCAUCUGUCUGGACUGCUUGCGAAACAACGGACAGUCAGGAGAAAGCACAGUGAAGAGCUUAAUGAAGAAAUUCAUCCGCUGUUCCACUCGGGUUACCGUGGGAACCAUUAAGAAGUUUCUCUGCCUGAAACUGAAGUUACCAAGUUCUUAUGAGCUGGACGUACUGUGUAAUGGAGAGAUCAUGGGCAAAGACCACACCCUUGAGUUCAUCUACCGCACACGUUGGAGACUACAAGAAGAGAGCGCCUAUCCCAUGGUUUUGGAGUAUCGUCCACGAAUCGACUUUGGCUAAGAGGACGGUGUCAACAGAACUGAUGCUGUAAGGACAAGGACUCAAUGGCGGACACAAGACAGUUCACACUGACAAGCUGACUCCAUGUCACCCACACCAUUCCUGUCUGGGUUUCUUUUUUUCCGAGCUGGUCUGGUAGACGCCCCCACACAUGACUCUCUUGAGUAGUAAAACCGUAGGAUUGUUUUUACUUACUCGUCUGGUAAAGCUAGAAGCCUGGCUUUACCUACUCAACAUGUAGACAUAGAGCACUGACAGAGUUGUUUAAAAACUCAUGAUGGCAACAGCACAUCAGCCACCCACGUUGCCAUGAUAACCCAAUGUUUUUUUUAAAGUAAGGACACACAGUGUGUGUGUGUGUGUGUGUGUGUGUGUGUGUGUGUGUGUGUGUGUGUGUGUGUGUGUGUGUGUGUGUGUGUGUGUGUGUUUGUAUGAAUGGUCAUGGUACCCUGCAAAACUCCUGACACAUAAAAGAACAGGCGUUUGAUGACUGAUGACUGAGACCUGAAGCAUCACUUGUGCACCCAGGCUGGGGGAGUGCCGGUGGGGACGAGACCCUGCUCUGCUCACCAGAGUCCAGUUCACUCUGCGGUGAUUGCACCAGACAAGGAAGAUGAGAUGAGAGUUCAUGCCGCCCGGACCCCUCUCUUCUCACACCUCCGCUCCAUCACUUGGUCAAAUUAGCCUCCUCAGUCUCCUGCCAUUUCUCUGUAUAGUUCUGUCGUUUUUUCACUCUUCCCUGCUCUCUCUUUCUCCUUCUCUCUCUCCCUCUCUCUCUAUGCCAUCCCUCUGUUAGUGUGUUUGUGUGCCUGUUGCAUAUGUGAUGGUGUUUUUGGCAGAGUUGUGUGGUCCUGAUGGAUCUCUGGCUGACAGCUGAGACGACAGAAACGGAUGGUUUCUAUUCACUGCUGAUGGCACAAGAGGAAGUGAAUGUGCCUUUCUCAAAAUUGCAUCGGAUGGCACCUGUGUCGCAAAAGGCUUUUCCCAUCAACUACAGAGAACAGUAUGUUUUUAGGAGGACAUGCGAGGGAAAUUUAGAGAUCUGAUCUACAUAUUCUAUUUAGCCUUUUAUGGCAUCUAGUUUGUGAAUUCCUCUAUUCAACUUGUCUUUUGUCACAGUCUGAACAAACAUGUCUAUUUCUUACUACAGACAAUUCACAUAACUACUCAAUGGUUUCGAAUGACUAAUCAGACCGAUAUGGUAUUGACAAUGUUCCCUAUUGUCUGUCUCAGUGUAGAUUCAAGAGACAUGACAUUGACACCAUUGCCGAAUUUAUUUCUUAUUGUCUGUGCAUUGUUCCUUAGAAUAUCUCCCAUAGGCAUUCAGAUAGUAAGAUUUCAUUUUUACAUUACAACCUUCAUGGUACAUUUUAAUAAUGCAUUAUACAUUAUUUGGAUUGAAUAGGAUUUGAAUUGCACUGGUACGUUGAACUCACAGUAGACUGUAUGAAUCUGCAAUUGUAGUUUUACAAAGAAAUCACAAAACUGAAAUUAUUUGAAAGGGUUUCACCAGAGAUUAUAAUUAUAUGGGCUUGGCUUUAAUAUGCAUUAAUUACAUAUGGGACAGAGGUGGCCUAGUGGUCGGGGACUUCCGAUGUGCCUGUGACUAGUUGGUUCUGAGUUAACCUGGAUAGGAGCGUCAGCUAAAUGCCUGAAUAUUAAUUGAUAAUUAAUUGAUUGAUGCAGACUUGUUCUGUUCUGUCUAUAGAAUGCUGCAGUGUCCAGAUGCCAUCAGAUGUGCCAAAGCGUUGAUGGUCUGAUUUUGAGAACUUAAAGAAUAUGUGGUAUGAUGACAAAUGUAUUGAUUAUGUAAUAAUACAUUUAUGUCACAUCAACCUCCUGUACUUUCUUCCCAAGCUUUCUGAAAAGCUCAACGUUUGAUGUAGUUAAACAUUUCCAUACAAAGACAUACCUUUGGUUGGUACACAGGGUUUUUCUGGAAUUGAAAAGGGCUUUUCAUGUCUAAAGUCAUGAUUAAUACUGAGAGCUGCUAAAGAGCCUCCUUUAAUAACCAUGAAACCAUUAAAGGUAGAGUCUGUGAAUUUUAGCAAAAGGUUGUUGUUGAUAUUCAAACUCAACAGCCAAUCAAAAUCACCCCUCCCCUUUUAUACUUGUGAAGCAGAGUCUGGAUUGGCAGAAUUGUAGAUGGCUCCAUCCAAGCCAAUAUGUUUCAUUCUCACUUACAGAGCUGGGAUAGUGCACCACCAACAGAGUUUGUGAACACACUGCGCAAACAGCUUCAGGACCACAAGAAGCAUUUAGCUUGGAAUUUGACAGAAAGUAAAAGUAAUUCGAAUUGUGCAGUGCACUUUUCAUGUAGAACAUAUCUGAGGAGAAUGUGAUAAUGAGAGUUAGUGGUUUGGGGUUGAGUUGUUAUAAAAAGCCAGGACUUUAAGGCUAGACUUGCACUGUGCCACCCUGCUUAGAGGACUACAAUUGUGUUAAACAGAGAUAGCAUCCAUUGGGAGAGUCCCAGCUGUACCCUCAAAACAGUGCUAUCCUGUUGGGUUGUCGUCCAGCCGAUCACAAGUACACCUGUCAUGGUCAAUGAAGCAUGGACACUUUGCUUAGGAGUGCCGCUAGAAAUGUUGCUCCCAAUGAAAGAAUAUAAUAUCAGACCCCUGCAAUGAUAAUAUUUGCAUUGGUCACUAUAUUAUACUGUAGGGUCUACUCUCAGUGCAAGGCCAUUGGAAUCGUCCUAACUUUCCUACACCUUGUAGUGCCCUGGCUGGGUUAGCAUGUGAGUGCUUGAGCUUUGAGAGUCAGGUGUGCUCUGCCUGGAAUACAAACAGACAGCCAUCUGUCGGGCGGCCGUGGUGUGUCGGGCAGCCGUGGUGUACUGGUUAGCGCACCGGGCUUGUAACCGGAGGGUUGCCGGUUCGAUCCCCGACCAGUCCACCCUGGCUGAAGUGCCCUUGAGCAAGGCACCUAACCCCUCACUGCUCCCCGAGCGCCGCUGGUUGGGCAGGCAGCUCACUGCUCUGGGUUGUGUGAUUCACCUCACUGUGUGUUCACUGUGUGCUGUGUGUUCACUAAUUCGGUUAAAUUGGGUUAAAUGCAGAGAACUGAAUUUCCCUCACGGGAUCAAAAAAGUAUAUAUUCUAUUCUAUUCUAUUCUAGCCAUGCGGCCUCUGUGGAUAUCGCUGGCACGCUCCGACACUAGACAGCCAUGAAAGAGGCAAACUGGCUGAGGGCUUCACUGACUAGUCCCAGCAGGCAUAGCAAGACAGGAAGAGGUGAAACUGGUUUUAUGUCACAUCUCUCUCUCUCUCUCUCUCUCUCUCUCUCUCUCUCUCUCUAUCUCUAUCUCUCUAUCUGUCUCUUGACAGACCUUUCUCUCACUGAAAGUGGCUUUACAAUAAGAUGGAGGAACAGAGAGAUUAAUGCAAGGUGUUAAAUCAGUCUAGGCUAAGUUUACAUCAUUAUAACCUGAUAUUCUGUGUUUAAUACCCGUGUCACAAUUGCAGUACAUGCUGUCUGCCUGUUAGAUUAGAGUGAGAAUCAGUGAAAAUACAUUUGCUGCAGCUUUGCCAGCCUUUCAGUAGGUCAACAGUUAUUCUUCAAAGCUCAGUUCUCUCCAAGGAAAAAACUAGAUAGAAUAAACUUUUGUCCUCUGCGUGUCGAAUCACAAAUAUGUAUUUUUGUAUGGUCAUCCAUGAGAAUGUGUGAGCGUGUGUGUAUAAAAUGCUGCUUAGAAUACAGUAAUUUAUUAUUAUAUUUUUAAAUGUACUAUACUGUAUAUGUCCUGGAGAUAGAAUUUGUGCAUUCUGUCUUUAGAAAUGUUUGUUUGAUAUGCUUUCUUUCUGCUAGUGGCCCAGGUUAUCACUGUUAAAUAUCAAAAGGAUAAAGGACUUUUUCUCCACA